AUGAAUGUUACACAUUGUAUAUUCGAUUUGGAUGGUUUAUUAUUGGAUACUGAAUCAAUUUAUACUGAAUGUUUACAACAAAUAUGUGCGCCAUAUGGAAAAAAUUUUAGUACAGAAACAAAAUCAGAAAUGAUGGGAAAAUCGUCAUUAGAAGCUGGACAAAUUUUAAUUCGAGAAUUAAAUUUGCCAAUGACUGAUGAAGAAUUUUUAAUAAAAGCUAAUGAACUUUAUACACAAGCAUUUCCAUCAGCUGAACUUUUACCUGGUGCUGAACGUCUUAUAACACAUUUAACCACUCAUAAUAUUCCUAUAGGAAUUGCGACAGGUUCAUCACAUGAAUUAUUUACAUUGAAAACAAGUGGUUAUCCUGAAUUAUUUAAAUUAUUUGAUCCAGUUAUGUGUACAGAUGCAAAUGAAAUACGUUUAACAAAACCUGAACCAGAUAUAUUUCUUGCAUGUGCAGAAAAAUUUCCUAAUCCACCUUUAUCAAUGAGUCAAUGUUUAGUAUUUGAAGAUGGAGAAAAUGGUGUUCGAGCUGCACUUACGGCUGGAAUGAAAGUUGUACUUGUACCAAGUUUACCAUUAAGUACAUACGAUACAUGGAUUAUUAAACAUGUUUCACGUACAUUAGAUAGUCUUUUAAAAUUUGAUCCAAUGGAAUUUGGUUUACCACCAUUCGAUGAUAAUUAA